CGGGCGCAGCUGCCAAGAUGGCGGACGAGGAGGGCGAGUCGCUGCCGCGCUCGGGGCCGGGGGGGCCGCAGCGGAACGGCAGCGGCGGCAGCGAGGGGGCCCCGGCGGGACCGGGCGGGCCCCGCGUCGUCCGCAUCGUCAAGUCCGAGUCCGGCUACGGCUUCAACGUGCGCGGCCAAGUGAGCGAGGGCGGGCAGCUGCGGAGCAUCAACGGCGAGCUGUACGCGCCGCUGCAGCAUGUCAGCGCCGUGCUGGGCGGCGGCGCCGCCGACCGCGCCGGGGUGCGCAAGGGGGACCGCAUCCUGGAGGUGAACGGGGUGAACGUGGAGGGGGCAACUCACAAGCAGGUGGUGGAUCUGAUCCGGGCUGGGGAGAAGGAGCUGAUCCUGACGGUGCUGUCGGUGCCCCCCCACGAGGCUGACAGCCUGGACCCGGGGGAGGACUCCCUGGGGCAGUCCUUCUACGACUACAGCGAGAAGCAGGCGGUGCCCAUCUCCAUCCCCACCUACAAGCACGUGGAGCAGAGCGGGGAGAAGUUCGUGGUGUACAACGUGUACAUGGCAGGGCGGCAGCUGUGCUCCAAGCGCUACCGAGAGUUCUCCAUCCUGCACCAGAACCUCAAGCGGGAGUUCUCCUCCUUCUCCUUCCCGCGCCUGCCCGGCAAGUGGCCCUUCUCGCUGUCCGAGCAGCAGCUGGACGCGCGGCGCCGCGGCCUGGAGGAGUACCUGGAGAAGGUGUGCUCCAUCCGUGUCAUCGGCGAGAGCGACAUCAUGCAGGAGUUCCUGUCUGAGUCGGACGAGAACUACAAUGGAGUCUCAGACGUGGAGCUCCGAGUGGCCUUGCCAGACAUCACCACAGUGACUGUCAGGGUCAAGAAGAACAGCACCACAGACCAGGUCUACCAGGCUGUGGCAGCCAAGGUGGGCAUGGACAGUGUCACUGCCAACUACUUCGCCCUGUUCGAGGUCAUCAACCACUCCUUCGUCCGCAAGCUGGCCCCCAACGAGUUCCCGCACAAGCUCUAUGUGCAGAACUAUUCCUCGGCCGUGCCUGGCACCUGCCUCACCGUGCGCAAGUGGCUCUUCAGCCCCGACGAGGAGGAGCUGCUCAACGACAACGACCUGGCAGUCGCCUACUUCUUCCACCAGGCUGUUGAUGAUGUCAAGAAAGGCUACAUCAAGGCAGAGGAGAAGUCCUACCAGCUACAGAAGCUGUGUGAGCAGAGGAAGAUGGUCAUGUACCUGAACCUGCUGCGCACCUGCGAGGGCUACAACGAAGUCAUCUUCCCGCACUGCGCCUGCGACUCGCGCCGCAAGGGCCACGUGGUCAGCGCCGUCAGCAUCCGCCACUUCCGCCUGCACGCCUGCACCCAGGAGGGGCAGCUGGAGAACCAGGUGAUCGCCUUCGAGUGGGCGGAGAUGCAGCGGUGGGACACGGACGAGGAGGGCAUGGCCUUCUGCUUCGAGUACAGCCGGGGGGAGAAGAAGCCCAGAUGGGUCAAGAUCUUCACCCCCUACUUCAACUACAUGCACGAGUGCUUCGAGCGGGUCUUCUGCGAGCUCAAGUGGAGGAAGGAGAACAUCUUCCAGAUGGUCAGGUCACAGCAGAGGGAUGCAGCCACUUAGCCCUUGGUCACCUCCUGCCGUCCCCUCCCCUCCCCCCUGCCCACCCCCUAAUUAACACUUUAAAUUCUGUUGUAAUUAAAGCCCUUAACUAAAGGUUAUUAA